AUGUUACCGCUUCGACUGAAGCUAAUGGUCGCGGGCAACAAGCGCAGAGGGGCCGGGCGCACGAAGGUCCGGCGUCCAGCCCGCGGGCUGGGCGGUGCGGAGUCGCGGCCGGGGCCCCUCUGCGCCGGGCGGGGGCCGGGCAGGUCGCGCGCCUGCGUGUCCGCGCGCGCCCGGAGCCGCCCCGAGCCGAGCCAGGGGGCGGGCGCGGCGGGCGCGGCGGGCGCGCGGCGCACUGGGGCCCACGGCGGCUGCGGGGCGGCGUUCGCGGCGGCGACCCGAGCGGGACAGCGCGGCGGCCCGAGGCUGGGGGCCCGCGGCCGCGCGCCGCCGGACGGGAGGCUGGGGGGCCGCGGCCGGGGCGCCGAGCGGGUCGGGGGCCGGGGCCGGGGCCGGGGCGCGGCGGCUCCGGCGGCCCGGGCGGCCCGGAGGGACCCCGGCGGGGCCAUGGCAGCCGGCAGCAUCACCACGCUGCCCGCACUGCCCGAGGACGGCGGCGGCGCCUUCCCGCCCGGCCACUUCAAGGACCCCAAGCGGCUCUACUGCAAAAACGGAGGCUUCUUCCUGCGCAUCCACCCCGACGGCCGAGUGGACGGGGUCCGGGAGAAGAGCGACCCCCACAUCAAGCUCCAGCUUCAAGCCGAAGACCGAGGGGUUGUGUCCAUCAAGGGAUUGUGUGCAAACCGAUACCUGGCCAUGAAGGAGGACGGGAGGCUCCUGGCUUCUGUGAGUAAUGCCUGGCUUUGCAGGUGGCGCCUGGGGCGCAUGCGGCUGCUCAUCCACUGGCCUUGGCAUUUACUAAAUCUGUUAGGAGUCCUACAUGCAUUCUAUCAUUUCAUCUUCACACUUACCCUAUUAAAUAGAGGACUCGUGUCCUCUUUAUUUCACAGAUGGAAAGCCUGAAGUUCUAAGUGAGUGAAGUAACCCAGAAACACAGCACGUGGGAAUUAAGAUUGGGUUAGGCUUGGGGCUGCCGGGGAGGCCUGUGCUGAUGUUAGACUUGGGGUCACUGCUAGUUCGUCUUGGGAGAGGUCCAAAUACAGCUCUAAAAUACUGGCUCCUUGGAACUUUCACUUCUGCCACUCUGGGGCUUUUUUCCUACCAAACUGUUGUCAGCUUGGUAAUCUACCAAACUAGCAUUCUAAAUGUUUCCAGAACAGUGAACCAGGGAUAAUUUUGGGUGACAUUGAUGGUGCAGUAGAGUCAGGGACUGGGGUUUACAUCUCUCGCCUGCCUGGCCUCAGGAUGUGACGGAUGGCCAUGGCAUCUGCAGCAGUGUGGUGUGGCUGCUUUCAGACAGUCGAGGGUAAGAGGACAGAAAGGCAAUGAGGCGUCUGCUUCUGUGGUAACCAACCAUGGACGCGCUAGUCGCGGGGUCUUAGAGCUCCAGCCUUCUCUGUGUCUGUCUAAUCAGCACAGGGAUGGCCUUGAGAUUCGUUACUACUCUGUGGUCUUACAGAUUGUGUUAGUCAGCUUUCCAUCGCUGUGACCAAAAUACCAGGCAAGAGCAACUUCAAGGAGGAAACGUUUAUUUUGGACACAGUUUCAGGGUCUCAGUCCAUGGUUGUCCAGCUCCAGUGCUCUGGACCCGAGUGAAGCAUGGUGGAGGCCAGAUCCUCAGUUCACCAUAGCCAGGGAGCAUGGGGUGGGGGCGGGUGGGGAAGGAGAGGGAGAGGGAGAGGGAGAGGCGGGGGUCAGGGACAGAUAUAGUCCAAGGCCACACCCCACUUGCUUACAGUUGCCACCCGUUGUCCAAAUUAUUAAUCCAUCAAAUGGAUUAAUCCAUCAAAUGGAUUGAUCCACUGAGAUUACAGCCCCCACAAUCUAAUUGUGCCACCUUUGAACAUUGUUGUGUUGGGUACUGUGCUUUCAAAUCAUGAGUUUUUGUGGGGACAUCAAAGAUCCAAACCCUAACAAAGGGGUAGAGGUUAGAAGACCCGGUGACCUGUGAUCUUAGUGGCCCUGUAAGAUGUCAUUGGAGGCACUGUUCAUCUCCACACAGCAGGAAUCCUGGUACAUCUAUAGUCAUGAAAAGCCCCCAAGUUGUCAAAAGUGAUACAAACAAGCUGCUCUCUCUUAGUGCAUCUUUAAAAUGAGUUACUUCUGAGACGAGACAGACUUACAGUAGGCCUGAAAACUGAACUGUUGUUUCGUUCUGUUUUUUUCUUUUUCGCUUUUUUUAGUUGGUGCAUUAAGUUUUGCAUACAGCAGUGGGGUUUGUUGUUACAUGAUUGUGUAUAACGAUAUAAUUUGCCAAUUUGUUGUCUUAUUCUUACAGAAUUUGUGACAGGUUAGAAUUCUGAGACUUCCGACCUUUUUCUUGGUAAAUAGAAACUGAACUUCCUGAAGAGCUGACCCUGCCCCUAGAAGCGCAGGGCUUUCUGGUUUCUUCCUUGGCUAAGAGCUGUCAGAGGCCUUGGUGUUUCUGUAGUCCCCAUAUGCCUCUCUCCCUGGGUUGCUGACUCUUCUUGAGGCGGUGGCUUCUGCCAAGCUGAUGCAGUGAGCGUCAGUUUGGCAAUGCUGACAAGUUUUAUCACAAACUCUGUGCAGGGACAAAGCCACAGCGGUUGCUUAAUUGAAAAUUCAGGAUUUGUGAGUCUCCUGUAAGGAAGGGCAGGAUCCAGGACUGUUGCUGACUCUGAGGUGCAUUUGGGGUCCCGUCAGGGGACCUGUUCCUGCCAAGGUCACGAGUGCAUGUCUAGUCUUCUGUCAGCCUGGUGGCUGGCCACCUUGCCUUCUCAGCGGCAGUUUGGGUUCUGUCCCGUUCACCUGGGUCUGGGUGGGCUGGCAGUCCUCAGGCUGAGAGGUGCUUUCUGAUGGUGCCUGGUGGGAUGCAGGCGGGUCUCAUGGUCUGGAGAAGCUGGGGUUGCCGUGCCCAAGGUGUCAUCCGUCCCGCUCUCGAUCCUGGGCCCUUUCCAGUCAGCUGUGCCCAACAUGUCCCUGGGGCUCUGCAUUUUAUCCCAGUGGGCCUCCUGCAGGGAUUUUAAGACAUUUUAGUUCCUUCUCAGAGAGUGAGGUGGAACCCUGCCAGCUAAGGACAGGAGGACAGCUGUGCCCUUUGUCCACACAGCUUCACGUGUUUAUGGACCCAAUGCAAUCAGGUUAAGAACAGCAUUGUGAAAAUGCGUCUUGUGGCUCUCUUCUUGCCUUUAAAAGCUAGGAAAUGUGAAAGUUCAAAUGGUGACUAUAUUUAACUGCCCGGGCCUGUAUUUGUAGGUUGGAGUUGAGCGGUUCUUCAAUAUACAACAGACUGCUUACUUACCAUUUCAUAGCAGGAUCAAUUUUGUUGCUAUGAGUAACAGAAGCCCAGAAUAAAUAUUAGGGAGGGUCUGUGAUUUCUUAAGUGUUUACAAAAUUCCUUAUUUAAGAAAAAUCACUUAUACUGAGGUUGAUUGUAGUUCUACCUUUCAGUCACUAAACAACCUUGAUGUUAGCAUUUUUAUGAAACAAUGUGGCUAAUCUGUCUACUAGAAAGUUGUACAUUGUUUUCUACAUAGUGCUACAGAUCAUGGUACCCUGAGCGAGAUAUCUCAACAUUAACUUGCGUGGAUACACAGUAGUGAAAUAGAGGAUAUAUAAAAUCUCUGAAACUAUGCAUUUAAUACUGUAAAAUUAGUUUUGAAUAUACAAUAACUUCCGAUUUGAGGGGUCUUAACAAGGAAAUGAAUUCUAUAAAUACAGUAAAUAUAAUAGUUUUUUUUCCCAUUUUUUUUGGUACUGGAGAUUAAAGCUAGGAGUACUUAAUCACUGAGCCACAUCCCCAGCCCUUUAUAUUUUUUAUUUUGAGAGAGUCUCAUUAAGUUGCUGAGGGCCUUGCUAAGUUGCCGAGGCUGGCUUUGAACUUUUGAUUCUCUUGCCUCAGCCUCCUGAGUUACUGGGAUCAAAAGAAUGCACCACCACACCUGGCAAAAUAAUAGAUUUUUGAGGGUUCAAUUAUGCAGAUUCACAAUCUAUACUCAUCAAAUUUGUCAGAAAUAUACAGUAAUUGCAGAGGAACAUGUGUCAUUUCACACACCACACACCGUCCCCUGCCCACACCUGCGCCCCAGCUCCCCCACCCAUAGGUGGUCCUGCUCCCUGCUCAGCAGCCCUGGGGAGCUCAGGGUGGCAGGCUGAAGGGCCCGUCCCUGGGUCAGGACGCUCACAGGGAUGGUCCCGUGCAGCCGAAGGCCUAGAGAGGUUAAAGCUUCACCAGGGCAAGAGCCAGGCCCUGGCAGGGACAUUCAGAGGAGGGACCAAGCGGCAGCCCCCAAGCCACUCUGGGGGAGGCACCCACAGCUCUACCCUGACUGCCCCCGGGGCCUGCGACACGGUGCCUCCUCGUGCCACUCUGGGUGUGCCCCCAGGAUGGGCUUGGGCUUGUGGCUCCUCUGUCCAGGGUUCCCUUCUGAAAGUGGUGACCGGGCACCAUCAGUGUCAGGUCAGGCACAAGGUCUGCCUUUCUGCCCCCCACCCAGCCUCCUCCCCUGGGACCACUCUGGGUCACGUGUUGCCCUUGGGGACCUCCGGAGGGCUCCCUGUCACUGCUCCCUUACACCUUCCCCACUGUGACACCACCACCCACUCUCCCACUGUUGCCAGGAGGCGGCCAAGGAACACAACAGCUGAUCCCCACGGAGCACCCAAUUUAUUCCAAGAUCCGUGGGACACACGAAUGG